AUGCCUGCUAGCAUAGAUGAUACCACAAAUAACGAAACUGAUGGCGCUGUUCAUUCCAGCAUCAGUCCUAAUCAUGGAAAUCAUAAUCAGCCCAAAAUAUAUCGAUUAUCUUUACUAGAAUGUGCAACGUGGAUAUUUUCCAUACUGAUGUAUAUUGCAGAUUACGUAACUGACUUUGUCGUUGGAUUUUCCUACAUCAUUGAUGGUCACCCAUUGUGGGGAACCAUGAUAAUAUUAUUAUCUGUCACUUCGGGCAUAGUCGUACAAGGAUUCUCUCUUUACUGGUCUUUUGGUUGCUGCUGGCGCCAGUCUGUGUCUGACAAUUCGGAUGAGACUAAUAAUUCGGGCCAAUAUGAUACCAACGAUAGCCAAGUCGACCGGGAUGUUGCUCCUGUACCUGAUUACCAUGAACCAAUACCUGAUCAACAUGGACCAUGUUUUAAAAUAUGUCAUUUAUUUGGUUUAUCGAUGAUGCAGAGAUACUUAUAUAUUGCAAUCAAAGGUAGAAAGCGCCAUGACGAAUACCAACAUGGUUUAUUAUUAUACCAUAUAGCUGAUGCUGGCCUAAUUAGUACAGUUGACGUAACUGUUGAUUCAGCGCCGCAACUAAUCUUACAAAUUUAUAUCAUCAUUACUAAUGGUGAAGUCGAUUUUUUCAAGAUUGCUUCGGUCGCAAUCUCGUUCUUGUCUACUGCAUAUUGUGUCACAUACCAUGUAAAUACGUUACGCAAGGCUCAAAAACAGAUCGGAAAAAAAGUCAAGACAUUAUCUUUUGAAGGCCUAGGAAUGUAUUUCGUAUGGAGAAUCUCCUUUUUAAUCUCUAGACUUACAUUACUAGCAGUCUUUGCGUAUUACUUUCAACAGUGGAUAUUUUUUCUAUUCUUCUGUCAUUGGUUUGUUAUGACUACUAUAUUCUGGAUUGAUGGCGUCGGCAGCUAUGAGAAAAUUGGUUGUUGUGUAUUAGACCGGAAAGAUCGGUUGAACCUCUGUGAAAAAUUUGUCUUAUGUCUUACCAACGGAUGGAUAGAUAUCUUCUUCUUCAUCAAUUUAAAACAAGGUAAAACUCGUCUGCGCUACAUCGCUCAUUUCUUCAUGCAUUUAUUGGAACUAAUUUUGACAGCUGUACUAUUGGAUAGCAAUAACUUCAUAAAUGGUAGAAUAGCAUAUACAUCUAUAGGUGUUAUAACUGGAGGAUUUUUUGUCGGCUUGGUUUUCUUCAUCGUGUAUUAUAGCGCUUUUCAUCCUAAUUGUACGUCAGUUGGGAAAUAUUAUACCAGCCGCAACAGUAACAACAAACAUGGAUUGGCUGAUGAAUCACUGAUGGAAUGCAGUGGAUCUGUUCGACAAGUUUAUUUUCACUCAGAUAUAGUGGAUACUGGUAUUCACAUAACAAGCAGGGAAUCUGCUGCUGUCUCUACGGUUUCUAGUAAAACGGUUCCUACUUCAAAAGUGACAGAAAUGAGUGGAGAUACAGUCGAUAUCUGCCAUACGCUUCGAUUUAAAGAGGAAAUAAUUCAUGCAGUGUGA